AUUAUUUCGUAACGUCACCUUCAGGCCAUCCAAAGAACUAAAAGAAGCCACUUUGGCAAAACUUGCACUUAAAAUCUCGUUUUCAGCCCCUAAAUCACGAUGGCACCAACAGUUGCUGUACCCAAACCUCAAGACACAACCCCUACAAUCAAUGCCAUCUUGUUGGGACCACCAGGAGCCGGGAAAGGCACCCAGGCUCCGAUGCUCGCCAGCAAGUACAGUCUCUGUCAUCUAUCAACUGGUGACAUGCUGCGGGCUGUGGCCUCAAGUGGGUCAGCCUUAGGUCAAAGGGUCAAGGCCACCAUGGACAGUGGUGCCCUCGUUAACGAUGAGAUGGUUGUUGAAAUCAUUGGCGAUAGCUUAGAGAAGGAUGAGUGUGCACGUGGCUUUCUUCUGGAUGGGUUUCCAAGAACUGUUGUCCAGGCUCAAAAGCUUGAUGACCUCCUAGACCGAAGGAAACAGAAGAUCCAUUCCGUGAUUGAGUUUAGCAUAGACGAUUCCCUCCUUGUUAGGCGUAUUACAGGCCGUCUCAUUCACCAGAAAAGUGGCCGAUCGUACCACGAAGAAUUCAAUCCACCCAAGAAAUCGAUGACAGACGAUGUAUCUGGUGACGCCCUCAUUCGACGAUCAGAUGACAAUCCAGACGCCCUUCGCAAACGACUCGAAUCCUACCAUAAAUCCACGCAACCCCUCGUAGAAUAUUACCGAAAACGCGGCCUUCAUACAAGUGUGAAUGCAUCGCUGAAACCAGCCACUGUAUUCUCUAGUAUUUGCGCAGCAUUCUCCGCAUCUUCUGCUGGUAAAAAUAUAAAGCACUUAUAGAUAAAUAAUAGAUGAUUAGGGAGUUGUAAACAGGUUUAACAGGAAUUUUUUUUAAAUGGAAUACCAUCAUGAAAGAAAUUUAUAGUAUUCAGGACGUCAUUCAUCCUUGGACUGUAGGAAUUAUUGUCAGCUUCCUCAGUGUUGAAAUGAGGAGGCCACAUUUGGUGCAACUUCUUUUUUCAAGUUAUUCUUUUCUUUUCUUAUUUCUGGUACGAGAUAUUUUUGAUUGAAUUUUCCAUAAAAAUGUGCUGUGAGAAUAGAUCAGUGUGCGCAUAGUUGGACAAAUUUUGUAAGAUAUCUGUGCAAUGACUGGACUGCUGUAGAAAUGUUGAUAACGAAUUGAAUACCGUGUAGGCCUAGCAAUGCUCACUAACAAGGCUUUUCUGGGAUACAGUUUUGCACGACAACAUGUUGUAAAUGAACUGGCCAUUGCCGACAGAAGUUCAUGGCCAUUUAUUAAUAGAUAGGUGCCCAGUUUGUUAAAAAAAUGAUCCGAAUCGCUUAUUCUUGGAAGUACUGUGGUUCUACUGAAAGCAUUUUGAAGUCGAUUUUGUUAUCAGGAAUUGUUUUGUUCUAAAGGCCUUGUCCAUCUGUGCUUUGUUUACAAUGUGGUCUGUUGGAAAACCUAGUGUACUUCUUCAACACAGCUACAGGUAUGGACCAAUCAGAUGCCCCGUAAGCUCGAAGGCCCGUGCUUUCUGAGCUGAACAAGCAUGGUCGCUGUCUUCUCAUUGGCUGAUACCUGAUUGGAAGUCUGUCUGUUUGACUUGAAGUUGGCUUUUACAAGUGCUGAGGGGAGGGUUAGGUGUACUGCUAGGAUUACAACCUGUGGACCACUCUGUCAACCAAUUCACUGAUAAACAUGGCCUUGUUUCUUUUUGUUUAUCAGGUCAUGUUUGUACCAUUGAAACCAUAUGAUAGUGCUGUUUACAAAUGAUGUUUCUUUGAAAUGGGACAUGUAGAUGAAAAGCUAUAUUUACAUAAAAAGAAUAAAUAAUCUACUGAUCAAA